AUGCAUUCUGACAUGGCAGAAAUGAGAUCUGCUGUCUCUAAUCACUUUCCAGGAGGUGCUUGUGCGAUGUGUCGUAAGAAGUCGCGUCGAUGCGAUCGCUCUAUCCCGGUAUGCGGGCGAUGCACUGAAAAAGGACUAGAAUGUGGCGGAUACCCUCAGAAAUUUCGAUUCUGUGGUAUCGCGAGCCGAGGGAAAUGGAAAAACAGGGGCACACCAACUGAAGAUUUAACUGCACCCUCACCAGAUGUAUUAUGGCCACUGGAAAAAAGUCAGGUCAAACACGUACCCCUAACUUCAAAAGGUCAAAUGAAAGCAGACCAAAAUAUCUUUGCACGGAAAAGAGAGGGUCUUCAAGUCAACCAGGGCCGUGUUCAAUCGCCACCACGCCUUAUCUCUAAGGAAAAAUGGGACAUUGACAAGAUCCUUGCCUCAGAACAGGCAGAAACAUUGCUUUCUCAUUGGCAUCUUAAAGCCGAUAGGCACCUUCAUGAAGCGGUUGCGGUAGAUUAUCGAGUCAAGGCAUUCACUGCCCUGGGAGCUUACAUCAAAAAGGCAUCCUCUGGGACUCUCGACCACAGUGAGCGAGAUGGUGUUUUUGCAACGAUUCAGAUAUUUCUCCUUCACGACCGCUUAAGUGCAGACCAAGAGCGAACGGUAUUCUUCCUCGGUAAUCUUGCUUGGUUGGAUAUCAUUCGUGCAUUCUCCGCUCCAGAACGACUGAGCCUAACUCAGGACCAUCGACAAAGACUACUGUCGCUUGUUGGCUUGAAAUUCGAAGCAGUAAACGGCUGCCCAAGAGAAAUCGUCCUUAUUAUCGGUGAAGUGCUCCAGGGUGCCAAAUCACAGGCGAGCAGCCAGUUAGGCAUGGAGCAAUACCUAUACACCCUUCGGGAAUCUAUACGACGGCUCUAUCUUUGGGAUAGUUCAAAUUGCACCUAUCCUGACGACAAUUCCCUGUGGCUGUCAGUGGCCGAGUGUUUCCGUCACGCUUGUGUCCUUCGUGCCCUGCGCCUGCUGAAUGUUACGGAAUCUGCAGAAGAGCCCCAGAUACAAAACUCGGUCACCGCAAUUCUGAAUGCCGUUGCGACUAUUCCUGGAAACAGCCCGUUGAUAGAGCUUAUGGUCCUUCCCCUCUUCAUGGCUGGCGCGGACUGCCUAUCGCCACAUUCGCGACAUUAUAUAUUGCUACGUCUGGCGGAGAUUAAGGUGAGGUCUGAAAUGAAUAAUACGGUACCAAAACAGUUGCUAGAGAAGGUGUGGGAGAAACGCAGGCAACAACCGAGGCACAAUCGGAAGAAUGUGCCUUGGAUGGAUUUUACUUAUGAUGAUGGAUUGCAACACCAGCAUGAUUUUUUAAUCAUAUGA